GCUCGGCGGCGCCAUUGGCGGCAGUGAUGGCGGCGGGCGGCCGAUGCCCCGAGUGCGGCUCCGCGGCGCUGGUGGAGGACGCGCACUACGCGCAGCAGCAGCUCGUGUGCGCGGCCUGCGGCUGCGUCCUGGCCGAGGGGCUGCUCACCACCACCUACACCGACGAGGAGCACCUGCGAGAGGUGUCCUAUUCCCAGAGCACCGGCCAGAAGGAGCAGCUGAGCCGCUCCCUGCAGCGAGGGAUCAGACGGGUCCAGGAUCUCUGCAAAGUCCUCCAGCUCCCGGCAGUGUUUGAGGAAACAGCAGUGUCGUACUUCCAGCGGGCCCUGCAGCACCCCUCCUUCCACCUGGUCAGUCUGGAGAAGAAGGAGCUCCUGGGUGGCUGCUGUGUCUUCGUGACUUGUCGCCAGCACAACUGGCCCCUGACGAUGGGGACGAUCUGCUCUCUCCUUUACGCCAAGCAGGAGCUGUUUGCCAGCGUCUUCCUGAGCCUCCAGAAGGAGCUGGAGCUCUGCGUGCCGGCCCUGAGCCUGGCGGAUCUGGUGAAGACGCACCUGAACAGUUUUCAGCUGUUCCAGCACUCGGCUGAUGUCCCUGCCCGCUUUGUGGAGGACAAGGAGAAGAUGGUUGCCCGAACGAUGCAGAUGGUGGAGCUUGCCAGCGAGACAUGGCUGGUCACAGGCCGGCACCCCAUUCCCAUUGUCACAGCCGCGGCUUACCUGUCGUGGCAGUCGCUGCAGCCUGCCGCCCGCCUCACCUGCACUCUGGCGCAGUUCUGCAAGGUGGCAGGGGUGGAUCUGCCUCCUCCGGCACGUCUGAGGCUGAAGGAGCUUCUGGAGAUCCUCCUGCGCAUGGCAUCCCAGCUCGCCUGGCUGAGGGUGCUUCACGUGGACAAGAAAACUGUGGUCAAACACAUCGGGGACCUGCUGCAACACCGGAUUUUUCUGCUGAAAAACGCCUUUUGCCUGGAGGAAGAGGCGCAGCAGUGUGCCACAGUGCCGGGAGAGAGGUCUCGGGGCUCGUCUCCUGUGGCAGGAGGGGCAGCGCAGGAGGAAAGCCGUCCCUCCGAAGAGAAACGCCGGCGUGAGGGCAGCCCCAGGCCCUUGCUGCCACCCUGCCUCAUCAAUCCAAGGAAGAGACUGCGGACGGCAGCCCUGAGCGCUUCGGACUGUGCCAUCACUGGCGAUGAGCCCAUCUCUGAUAGCGAAAUCGAGCAGUACCUGCGGGGCCCGGAGGAGAUCCGAGCCUUCAGGAAGGCCAAGGUCUGGCCGUGAAGGCGGUUGUCGCGGGCGUGGGGGACAGUGUGGGACCAAAAGUGUGAAAUCAAGCAGAGACGGAGCCAUCACACUGCAGGGAUAGCAUCCCAAAGGAAUGGGGUUGUGGGGAAGGAGCAGGGUGUGUUCUGCUUCAUUUUCUGGGCCCAAAAUGGGGCUUUUUAUGGAGAGACUGUGUUGGGUUCUGUUCUGUUUCUGUUAGGAAUAAAUAGAAACCCAGGCGCCAGCACUCUGGGUUCUGGAUUCCCUCUCUUUGCAGCCUCUGGUUGUGUUGGGGAGUCCCAGUGCUAUGGAUGUGGUGUAACGCUGCCCCUCGCUCAAUAAACCAGUGCCCGCUC